AUGCCAGUCACCAGGUCACAGAAGGAUGCCCCCUCACGUCCCGGGUCCCGUCCCUCAGAUAAGGACGUGACAGGUGAAAUGUCGGGAUCUGCGUCAGCGUCAGCAUCAUCAGGAACAGCAACUAGGUCAGAUUCUUCGGGCACUACGACCACAGAGGAUACCACCACGACAGAGACCACGGUUGCAACUGCCACCACAGCGGUGUCUGAGGAGAACGGACAGAAUGAUGAAGCCGCACAGAAGGAGACGACCAAGAAGACUCCAGAGGAUAUUCCGGACAAGGGCGGUCAUGGCUCCGCCACAACCCUUAAGCCAAAGGGGUCAGUCGUCGCGCCAGCCCGCAUCAGAUUAGAGCUGGCACAGUAUGAAGAGGAGGACUCCGUGGAUGAAGACCAGGAAGACAGAAUAGCACAGAUGCAGAACUGGAUCGAGACAUCAGUAAUGGAAGAAAACAACAUGGGAAAACACGAGCAACGAGGUCAGCAUCCUCCGGAAGAGCCAAAUGUGAAGCCUGAAGAGAACUCCUCAACGAAAGAUACGAGCGAGAUUCAAGCGCUGACAAUAGCAUUGAAGGAAGCUCUUGCUACAAGAGGAGGACCUUGCCACAGGAGGACAACAGAAGAGGGCGAGUUCUCCGACUCCAUUCCUCUGAAGCAGACAAAUAUGGAGCCUUCGCGACCUCAGAAGAGAAGAGCGGGUUCAGAAGAUCUCAUCGAAAAGCGACUUAUUUUACAAGGGAAAAAGACUUUAAGGAAAAAGAUACAAGAAAGUCAACAGAAAAUACUUGUCCUAUUGUCAAACUGGACACUUCCUCGUCGACUGCCAGAAGUUCCAGAAGACGUUAGUACAAAAUCGAUGGGCAACAGUAAAGAAAAGUCACGUUUGCUUCAAAUGUCUUCAGGGGAAACAUCGAAAGGAGAGCUGCAAGAAACCACCAUGUAA